UGAAUCUAGUUUUAUAUUCUCGUGAGUUUCGAACCUGUACAUUUGUAGACUGAGAUAGGCUGAGGACACGUGCGUGGAUAUAAACACGUGUUGAUAUCCUGCGCUGAACGAAUUCAAAAGUUCAAGUGUUUUUUUUAUCACGGAUCGACGUAUAUAUUUAUAUUUAUUUCAUAAUGAUGCAAGAUAAACAAACUCCACCGUCUCCUCCCGACGUAUCGGCCGUCGACAUAGAGGAAAUGGUCUUCGAGGAAGACAUUGAGGAAGUCAUCGAUUUGGAUGAAGUGAUCAUGGAUGGUAUGAGUUCAUUAGAAGAUGAAGAUGACAAGGAAGUCGUACCGCCAAGAGAAGAUGCUGUAUGCAUCUUUCGUGGCCACACGUCCGGGAACACGGUAUUCUGUGGUUCAUUAAGCAAGAAUGGCGAACUAGCAGCAACGGGAAGCGAAGAGAACAAAGCAUGUAUCUGGGACAUCAAUACGGGCGAAACUAUUUUUGAUACUGGCACGACCCAUGACGACAGUAUUAUCUUCGCUGAAUUCAAUUUCAAUGACAAAUAUGUAGCUACAGCUGAUAUGUGCGGUAAAAUACAAUUGUGGAAGAUAAGCAACAAGACCUGUGUUUGGGAAACUACCUUAGCAAGUGACAUUAGCUGGAUAAAAUGGCACUAUUUUAGUAAUAUCUUAGUAGCAGGUGUGGAAACAGGAGAAGUUUAUAUGUUGAAAACACGAACAGAUGAAUGCAAAAUCUUUGCACAGGGCACUGGUGAUAAGACAGAGACCGGUGUAAUUUUUCCAGAUGGAAAACAUGCCGCAAUAGGAUAUCAUAGUGGCGUAAUUCAUGUGAUAGAAUUAAAGUCAAAUAUCGUAUUGUCUACCACUCCUCGGGAUUCAACACGAUCUCACGGACAUGCAAGCUAUAUCGUUGCAAUCGACUGUCACAUGGAUAAUAAUUUAUUGAUUUCAGUAUCAAUUGAGGGUCAGACUAUAUUAAGCACAGCACAUAACGGCAAAGUAAUUUGUGUACUUCAAGACUUGAAUAUUAAAGAUGCAGCUAGCAAUGAUUAUGGUAAUGUAGAAACCGCAGCUUUUUGUAAAGAUCCCACAUUUCCUGUUGCUGCAACUGGAACGAUCGAGAACGAAGAUCACGGGAAAAUUUACAUAUGGGACAUUUCUAAACAAACUCUUAGGCAUGAAAUUGAUCAAAACGGAGGUAUUACAAAAUUAAUGUGGACUAAGACAUCAAUAUUAUUUACAGCAGGAUUAGAUAGUGUAUUAAGAUGUUUUGACGCAAGAGCAGGUAUUUGUCUUCAAGAAUUCUCGGGACACACAAACGGUAUAUAUGACCUGUACAUAUCUAGUGAUGACAAGAAAGUAUUGACAGUUUCUGACGAUAGCACCGCUAGGAUUUUUGAUAUAUCUAUGUUAACAUAAUACAAAGCAUAAAUAAAAUAUUGCCAAACGUGUAUAUACUAUUAAGAAACAUAUGUACAUAUAGCAUAAAUUUCUAUAUGUUUACAAAAAUAUGAAACACAUACCUUUAUCUGUAAAACUAUAAAACUGGUAAAAUUAUAAGAAAACUGAAUUUCAAG